AUGCCGUUAUUUAGACCUAGGCCUAAACACUCUGUCCGUCCUGGAGAUGAGCUGGCUAGUAGCCAUGUCUAUCAGGCGGAACAGGACAAGGGGACAGCCUCCCAGGAUGCGGGUGAUCUUGGAUAUUCCUUGGUAGCUGGAAGCAAUGCCUUUGUGGGCUUGAACCAGGUUCUUCAAAACGAAGAUGAAUUUCAAGUGAUUACGGCUGCCCAUAACCGUCCUCGUUUCCUAUCUUCUGCGCUUGAAAGGAACAUACGCGACCUUACUUCGAAGCUGCCACCUAGACCUAUCAUUGAAGAGCUCUCUGCCAUCUUCUUCGAUGAAGUUAACUGGCAUUACUUUAUUCUGGAACGAUUCUACUUCGAUGACAUGCUCUCACGCUGGCAAGCCCCUGUAAAGGAGCACCCUAAAUAUCUAAAGCCUGAUAGUUUUUCACUGGAACUGCAGUACUUUCCUGCUGUGAUAUUCCAGGUCUUGGCUGUUACUUUACAGUUUUUGCCGUCUGACGCGCCCGUUUUGAGUCGAUUGCCGCUAACGUCCUCGCAAUCAUAUAGUAACAUGGGCGACAAAAUAGUGACAUUAUUAGGAAGACAACAUGGCGUUCUCACUGCAGUUCAGGCAGAUUUUCUUCGAACGUCUUGGCUGAAAAACUUUGGCAGAGGUAUAGAGUCCUGGCAUAGUGUUGGAAAUGCGAUUAGGCAAGCACAAGAACUCGGCUUGCAUCGGCAUAGAGAGAUCCAGCAAACGGGCCCGAACAGUAUAGACGAAACGCUGAGCAUGUUCUGGUAUGAAGAGUAUAAGAAACGUAUAUGGCUCAAUUUGUUUGUUUGGGAUAGUCUUAUGGCUAUGAUUCUUGGUCGUCCUCGAGCGAUCAAUGCAGAUGACUGUGAUGCGAAACCACCGAUCGACUGCAACAUUCCCCGGGAACCUUCCAAGACAGUGCCCAUGACGCUACAGCCUGGCGAGAGUCAUAACGGCCCUACGACGGUCUCGGCGUCCUUGUUCCGAUAUGCGCUUGCAAAGAAGGUUCAUGAGAUGCGAGCACUAAAGGCAGACAAGGCCCAUCCUAAAGACUAUUCUGUCGUUCGAACGCUUCACGACCAGGUAAUUUCGUUAAUGGAUAACGUGCCACCUUUCCUCCGACCCAAGAACCCGGACACUUCCUGGGAUUCGGAGUACCCGUACCUGCCUCAACAGCGUGAGGAGAUCUUGAUCAUGGCGAAUCUUUUCCUCAUGACAUUGCAUCGGCCACAUAUUCUCGCCAAUUCUGAGAGUCGAAAGGCUGCCUUGCAGGCUGCCCUUGCUACAUUGGAAUCCCAGCAGCGCUUUUUCGGACAGAUUAGCAAACAUCACUAUAAGUUAUUUGGACUUGCGUUUUAUACCAUAGAUGCUUCCAUUCUUCUCUCCAUUAUUAUGUCGGUACACCCACCGCGAAGCUCCGAAGCUGAAAAGUAUGUCGAUCACAUUCUACAGCAAGCUAUGGAGAGACUAUCUCAUAUCCAGGCCUACAAUGCAAUAGCCAAAUCGGGACUGGACAUUCUCCAACGUUGCUAUCAUAAGCUCAAGGGGGUCACUGAAUCUAUCAGUGAUACUUCAGGAAUGAUGUCUGCCUCACGUUCACAUUCACCCCCGAGAUCAGGAUUGCGAGACAUCAGACGGGAGUUGAUGAUUGGGCCCCAGGAAGGUUCCCAAUGCGACCCAUAUUUGUCCACCGGGGAUGUUGAUUUUGAUUUGCCUACGCUAGAAUUCCCUGUUAUAACAAACACGUUUGAUCAGGCCUUCUGGCUGGAGCAGUUGGAUCAGAUCCAGUCUUUCCCUUCGAAUCUCUCUGACCCCGACAUGAUUUGGGAGUCUGUUAUAUAAUCAGAUAUUGUUGAAGACUACACUUGCUAAAUUUGGAGAAAAUAUUCCUUCUCUUCUUUGUAUCGUUAGCACUUUCUUCUUGACGAAAUAAAAUGUGUCGUGCGUUGAGGUCGGCCGAACCCUUUCCAUGACAUCAUAGUGUCC